UACGUUUUUCGUUUGGAUUUUCAUUUUAGUCAACCGUAUCUAUUCAACAAACAAUAUUUUCAAUAUGUUUAUCGAUGGAAUCUAUAAACGUAUCGGUCACGAUCGUAGCACACAGUUUCUGAUAAAUGAAGGUUUAACGCCUGAAGAAGCAGAGCAUACAGCAACGUUGGAUCUGGUAUUAGAGUUCAGAGUAAACGGCAACACAGUCACGAGGACAAUUAGAGCUGGAAAUCUUCAUGAAGUUGACGAUUUCGUUCUUGGACAACCACGCCAGGAAGUUUUAGCAAGAAAAAAUUUCAUAAGUAUACCCUCCCUUAACGGAAAUACUUUUAUAUUGUCCACCAAACGUUCAGAUGGAUCCGAAGGAUGGUCUAGAUACCAUUAUUUCAAAGAGGAUGGCUUAGACGUACUACACAAAGCAAAUCACGGGGAAGCUUGGAUGUACUUCAAGAGGUUGUGAUAAUGUUUGAUUUGAACUAAUUAAAUAUAUACUGCAAUACAAACUUUCAUUUAUAUGAAA